UCCAUUACAUGGAGAUCUUCAGCAUCUUCCCUUCAUGGCUUCUUACAACAAUACUAGUUCUCUUCAUGUUUUCCAUCUUUCGAUACGCUCAAAGUUCAACGAAGAACGGUUCAUCCGUGUCAGUUCCUAAGCUUCCCCCUAGCCCUCCACAACUUCCCAUUAUUGGAAACCUGCACCAUAUAUUAGGUAAAUUUCGUCAUGUAGCCCUUUGGGAACUUUCCAAAAAAUAUGGCCCCAUUAUGCAAUUUCAUAUUGGUUCAAAACCUUACCUUGUUAUAUCUUCCCUGGCCAUGGCUAAACAAAUCCUAAAAACUCACGAUCACAUAUUUUGCUCGAGGCCAUUGUCCCGUGCCACCAAACUACUUACAUACAACUAUUUGGACGUAGCCUUCUCGCCUCAUGACAAUCAUUGGAGGGAGAUGCGUAAGAUUUUUGUGUCUGAGCUCCUAGGCCCCAAGAGAGCCAAACUGUUUAAACACGUGUUGGUUUCAGAGACGAAGAGCAUGGUUCGUUCUAUAUCGUUAUAUUCUUCCACCGAUGUUAUAAAUUUAAACAAAUUGUUACUUGCAACAGUAAAAGGAGUGGUGUGCAAGUUAGCAUUUGGUGAGAACUAUAGACAACAACCAAUAAGUGGUCCUUCAUGGGAAGAAAUGGUUGAUGAAACUCAAAUAAUGCUUGGUGGAUCGAUUGGUGAUUCUUUUCCAUGGUUAGGUCGUUCUAUAGACCAACUUAGUGGAUGGAAUGGUAAGCUAGAGAAGUGUUUUUCUAGUAUUGAUGCUUAUAUCGAGAGCAUCAUCGAUGAUCAUCAGAAACAAACCAUUGGAGAACUAAGUGAUGAUAACAAAGAUUUUGUUCAUACGUUAAUCGAGUUAUGCUCCAGCCAGAAUUCUUCUGGCUAUCAGCUGACCAAAAAUGACAUGAAAGCGCUAAUCAUGAAUGUCAUUAGUGGAGGAAUUGAUACACCAGUGGUGACAUUAGUAUGGGCCAUGUCAGAAAUCAUUAGAAACACGAGGGUGAUGCAAAAAUUACAAAGUGAAAUUCGAGAUCAAAUGAAAGGAAGACACAAAGUAGAAGAACUCGAUACCACAAAAAUGACAUACUUGUGUAUGGUGGUCAAAGAGGCAUUAAGAAUGCAUCCUGCUGUCCCAUUAUUAAUUCCACAUGAAAGCAUAAGUCAUUGUCAAAUUGGCGGUUAUGACGUCUUUCCAGGGACGAGUGCUUUGAUCAAUGCAUGGGGGAUAGCGAGAGAUCCAAGCGUUUGGGGGGAAAAUGCAACUGAGUUUUACCCAGAAAGGUUUGAGAAUUAUGAAGGUGAUUUUGAAAUGGUCCCUUUUGGAGGGGGUCGGCGAACCUGCCCUGCCAUCAACACGGCUCCAGUAAUUAUGGAGUUUUUGAUAGCAAAUCUUGUUUGUUGGUUUGAUUGGGGAGUUCCUAAUGGAGACAAUAAUGAAGAUUUGAACAUGGAAGAGGAAGGUACUUUGGUCGUCUAUAAAAAGUUGCCACUUUACAUUGUCUUGACCAAGAAUAAUUGGGGAGAAUGAUUAGCGAUCAAUCGAUUCUUCUUUAAAAUAAAAUGGUCACGGCUACAAUGUUAUCAAAGUGAUCAUCAAGCAAAAGGAGUUCUACUUUUAUCUUUUAAAAAAUUGCUGAAAAUACUUUAGUAGUGCGUAAUGUAUAUAAAAAAUAAUCACUUUUAAUUUAUACAAGUAAUUGUUUGAAUUCAAA